AUGCAAGGCAGGAGGGCAAUAUCUAUGUUGAAUGGUGUAUUGUGGGACGAAGGAAUCUCUAAAGCUAAUAAGAAGAACAUAUAUAAUACGGUAGUGAAAAGCAUAAUAACUUACGGAAGCGAAGUAUGGCAGUUGAAAAGCAGAACAGAGAACAUGUUAUUAGCGACCGAAAUGGAUUACUGGAGGAGAUCUGCUGGAAAAUCGAAAAGAGCACAAAUAACCAACGACAGAAAUGGGAGAAGAAAGGCUACCAAAGAAUAUAAUGAAAUGGAUCCCAACUGGAAAAAGAAAACGAGGAAGACCCCGAGAGACAUGGUUAAAGGGGUAACAAAGGCAAUGUCAUUGCGCAAUUUACAAGCCGAUGACUGGAUGGACAGAAGGCAAUGGCGGCAAGGAACCGGAAGGCGGAUCACGAUGUAG